AGUCGGAUCUAAUAAAAAGCCCAAAUAGUUACUGGGCCGAGAGCUCUAUCUCAUUAUAGCCGCGAAACCCUACUAUAAACACUUCUAGGGUUUUAACAAUCUCCAUUUUCUAUACAACAAGCAACCUCUCUUCUCACCAAAGAAUGGAAUCCGCAACCAAGCAUGCCGUUGUGGUGAAAGUCAUGGGUCGUACCGGAUCCAGAGGACAGGUGACUCAAGUGAGAGUCAAGUUUCUUGACGAUCAGAACAGGUUUAUCAUGAGAAAUGUCAAGGGACCAGUCAGAGAGGGUGAUGUUCUUACACUGUUGGAGUCUGAGAGGGAGGCCAGGAGAUUGCGCUGAGCGCAUAGUAAUGAAUGCCACAUUGAACUUCCCUUGGAUACUUCAAUAGUGGCUGGAAUUUAGUCCCUUUUUUUCUUCGGUUUUGUUUGCUUAGACUCGUAAGUUUGGACAUAUCAAUUUUGGUCAUGGUUUUAACCAUGAUAGUCGUGUAAUUUUGGUGCACUCCCAUUUGGAAUAGUUUUAUGAUAUUAUUUUACUA